CUGUCAUCAUCCAUUUAACGGAUAUAGCCUAUGACUAACCUCCAGUCUAGUCAUCUACUUUCCCACUUUUAUACAACACUUCAUAAAUCAAAACACUUCUGUUACUACAAGUAUUUCAUCUUUCCCCCAAAUCAUAAAUUUCGAACCCUAGAAAUUCAACUCUAAUCAAAUCUCUGAAGAUGAAGAUAAUGGUUGCAAUCAAGCGAGUCGUCGAUUACGCCGUCAAAAUCCGAGUUAAACCUGAUAAGAGUGGGGUGGAGACAAAGAAUGUGAAAAUGUCGAUGAAUCCAUUUUGUGAGAUAGCGUUGGAAGAGGCGCUUCGAAUAAAGGAGGCUGGUUUGGCGUCAGAGGUGGUGGCAGUGAGCAUGGGAUCAGCGCAGUGCGUCGAUACAUUACGGACGAGCUUAGCAAUGGGAGCUGAUCGAGCCAUCCAUGUCGAAUCGAUGUCGGACCGUUUAUACCCUUUGAAUGUUGCCAAGUUGCUUAAGGCUCUUGUUGAUGUUGAGAAUCCGGGGCUUUUAAUUCUUGGCAAACAGGCUAUCGAUGAUGACUGUAACCAAACUGGACAGAUGGUGGCAGGACUACUUAAGUGGCCGCAAGGGACGUUCGCUUCAAAGGUUGUGCUGGACAAGGAGAAACAAACAGCAACAGUAGACCGAGAGGUGGAUGGUGGUAUUGAGACACUAUCUUUGGACUUACCAGCCAUCAUAACCAGCAAAGCCAGACAAUGGACUUUUGGCUAUAAAGUUGAUGAGCAAGACUCUGGAUUGAUUAGUCAAACUUGUUAGUAGAGUGGGCCUCUAAGAUUCUUUUGUUUUUCCAUGACAAAGAAAGCCAGAUGUUAAAAUUGACCUUGUCUAUUGCUGUUGCCAAUGGGCAAAAAUCUCAGGCCUUAUUCUCUAAGUAGCCGCCACAAUUAGAAACAAAAGUUUUGAUGUUUAGUUUGAACAUACUUUACUAAUACUAUUGAACACUCUACUAACACUAUUACUUGAACAUCUUGUUUUGCGUUUAAACAUACUAAAGUACUAAGCUUUGGCAUGGAUCUCUUUUGCCUUUGAGUGCUUGACUAAGCUUGCCUUGCUCCUGAAUAUAUUCAGUGAAGAUUUUUUUCUUCAAAAAAAAGUCAAUAAGAAUCUAGCAGUAUAGAACUUUCUUUAUCAAAUACAGUAUUUUUAUAGAUUCAGGUGCUCUCUAAGGCAUUCGUAUGCCAUUGAGGCCUAGGUUAAGUUUGCCUUGCCUGAACACUGCAUAUGUGUAUGAUGUCUUUUCUUUUAAUUAUACCCAUCUGUUGAAGAUAUUAUCGAAAUUAGUCACCAAGAAUCUAGCAGUAUACAAUUUCCCUGAUUGCAUAUAUUGAUAUUUGUAUAGAUUCAGGUGCUUUCUCUUCAAGUUGAUGCGUUGUAUGAAUCUUGAUCUGAGUUGAAAUUG